UCCUGCUAGUUGAGCGACGCUGUCUAGAUUGUCUAAAGUAACGUUGUGGAAAUAGUUUUGUUUUAUUUAACAGUGGGAUUCAUCCAAUCCGUAUUCAAUACAUAUUGAACAAAUAAAUAUAGUGUUCAUUUGAUUCCUCAAAAUAAAAAUGGAAUAAAAGUACACUUUUUGGAAUGCAAUUUGUUUAACAAUUGUAUGUAUACAUAAUUUGAACUUACUUCAUUUCUUAUAUUUUAUUGUAGAAUAAUUGAAGAUUACUAAGAGUAGCAAGGGAUACUGGAAGUAAGGUUUUUCAUAUUGUUUUUUCAAUCUAAUAUAGCUAUUCACUGUUAAAUUGAAUAAGGAAAACCAUGUAUGAAUAGUGAACAACAGUCUGAGAGAAAAUUGACAGUGACAUAGGGAUUAGGAAAACAAAACAAAAUUCAAAUUAAAAUAAGAUUGCAAAUUCUUCUUCCGUACUGGACAUACUUUACAGUGUGGAUUCUGUAUUUGAUAACAGGAUUAAAGAACCACAAAUAGUCGCCGACGGAGUCUUUAAUUGUUUUCAAUAAUGCAUUUUUUAAAUUUAACAUUGGAGCCAUUGUGCAAUAGAAGCGGAUUUUACCAAGGGUUUAAUGUUUCACCGUUCGAACACCCGUCUCAAGUGUUCGUUAACGAAUGUCUCGGUCAUCAGCACUGUAUGACUGUUUCCGAGUGUUCUAAACGCAUAGACAAGCAUGUUACACCCGGGCUCGUUGAGUGGUUCAUAAUUGCCCUGUACAGCGUUAUAUUAAUCUUGGGUCUGGUGGGUAACGGUCUUGUUUGUUUUGUGGUGGUGCGUACGUCUCACAUGCGUACUGUCGUGAACAUUUUCAUCGUAAACCUUGCGGUUGCGGAUUUCCUCGUGCUCCUGGUAUGCCUGCCUCCCUCCGUUCUUGCCGACACCACCGAGUCGUGGUACCUGGGUGACAUCAUGUGCAAAGUCGUGCCAUUUCUUCAGACGGUUUCGGUGUCCGUGUCUGUUCUCACGCUUGGCGCCAUCGCCGUGGAACGCUAUUUUGCCAUCUGCCACCCGCUCCGUCGCCGCCUGACGGCCUCUACAGUCUCCCUAUUCAUCGUUGUGAUCUGGACCGUCUCUGUCAUAGUGGCCCUCCCAGAGCUAUUAUAUCAAAAGCUCCAUCGCUGGUAUCCGGAGUACAUCACAGACUAUCUACAAUACUGUGCACAGACGUUGACCAAAGAGAAGCAAAAACUUUAUCAGAUCAGUUUGAUGGUCGGGCUGUUUGACAUCCCCAUGUGUCUUACGUUCUUCGCGUACACAACAAUUGCCAUCAGAUUAUGGAAGGAUGGAAUGUCAGAAAACGUCAAUAGUCGUCUCAAUGCAAGUCGUCGAGGCCCUGGACAACUGUCAGCACUAAAGGCCCGACGGAAGGCCGCCAAGAUGUUGAUGACUAUCGUGAUUCUCUUUGGAUUCUGCUACCUACCCAUCCAUGUGUUCAAUAUUCUCAAAUACAACGGAACCUUGUACGAGCUUGAUGACAGUGUUGUCAUCAUAUGGGCUUUAUCAGCUCGAGGAAUAUGCUAUCUGAACAGCGCGCUCAACCCAAUUAUAUAUAACUUUAUGAGUGCAAAGUUUCGGCAAGAGUUUAAAGCCGCGUUCAGCAGAUGCCAUGGACCAUUUCAUGACAAGAACAAUACGAACCAUUUCAAACUAUAUAAUUUUCGUGCCGGUACACGGACCAAUGGGCACACCCGUACGGAGAGAUAUUCACUGAAUACAUACUCGGCACGUCCAAACUGGAAUCCCAAUGCGACAAACAACUCUUCGAGCUCAAAGCGAUCCCAAUUUGGAGUAUGA